AUGCGACUAGUGUUAAUACUGUUGCUUGUACCAGCAUUAAUUAGUGCUCAACAACAUCGUGAUGGUCAAGGUGAAGAUCGUGGUAGUCAAGAUCGUCAAGGUGGUGGAGAUCGUCGAGGUGGUGGAGAUCGUCGAGGUGAAGAUAAUAAUGGUAGCAAUAAUCGAUGUGACCAAUUUAACGGUGAAACGUAUCAAAUCAAAAUAGACUAUCGCACUUUCGUAGCCUACGAAUUAGUCACACUCAACAAGGACGGCACAGUUAAUGUAAUUGACAAUACAGAAAAUGGUUUUAGUCCAGCAGCCGGAAUCGAAGUUCAACCAAUGACAUCUCAACUUGGAGAAUGGAAAUGUGUCGGAAGAAAUCGAAUUCAAGUUCGUACUGCUAAUUAUAAUCAUCGAGUUGGUAAUAGUCCUACUCCAAGUACAUUGGCCAUUAAUUAUCUCGAUUUAACUACCAGACGAAACGAUGAAAAUGUUGAAGGAACGUACAGAUUCGACUAUUACCAGCUCGGCAGUUUUCUAACUGUUUUCAAUCCACGACCAUUGCCUGGUCGUUCAUUUGGACCAUACCGUGUCGUAGGUCGACGUUUCGUUUUCUUUAGAGCCUAG